GGAGCUGGUGCUUCAGUUCCGAUUCAACACACAGAUGCUGCUGCUAGCAAAGAGACUCAGUACCUCAGAAGGUAUUUUUCUAAUUGCUAUACCACAGAGCUGCCUUCAUGGCGCCACUCCACUCUUGGCAAUCCUAGAAAGAUCGUCUGUAAUAAAUGCGGUCUUUGUGAGCGUACCCACUCGUGUCCACGUCCCCUUCGCUUUGAUGAGCUAAGGGCA